GAUUGUAGCAUCACUACAACUAAACUGAUAGAAUGAUAGUGCAACGAAACAAAAACACCAAGGAUGCUACAUCGGUUCUGUCCGUGUUACCGUAUCGUGACGGGUACGCAACAGUGUCGUGUCGUACGAUUGUUGUCGGAUGUAGAACGAAAAUUUACGGAACGCAAAGUCGAAAGUUUCGACUGACUUAAGUCGGAAGUCGUUGCAACGUGUGCGAUAACAAAAAUAAAGUGAUCAUGGACAGUUGGAAAAAUGAGCAGCUCAUUGCUGCGGUCAGGAAGCGAAGAGCACUUUGGGAUGUAACGGACUCGAAGUACUACAAUAAAAUUACGAGAGCACACUAUUGGGAGGAUUUGUGUGUAUCCUUGAUUCCAGAAUUCAGGCGAUUUUCUUCUAAGGGGCGCUUGCGAACAGUUUUUGAAGUGCAACGACGGUGGCGAUACAUUCGGGAUGCUUUUACCAGAUCACUGCGAGCACGUCAAAACAAGCCUGGUGGUGACAAAAUUAGACCUUACAUUUACGAAAAACAAUUGGCAUUUUUAAACAUGUGUCGAAAAAUGGCCUGCUUUAACGAGCCAUCUCUUUCGCCAGCAGAUGAUGACACGAUUGAUAAUGAAUUGGAGAACAAGUAUGAUAAUGAGCUUGUUGAAAAUGACGAUGCUUUACCGACGAUCGACAAUGACGAUGAAUCACCAAACGUCAGAACUAGCCACUCACCCCAUUCGCUCGCAGAAGCAACCACGGAAGAAGAAAAUGACGAUGUGGUAUUUUUCCGAACUCUACUGCCACUGGUUGAACAUCUGCCGUUGCGUCAAAAAAUGAAAUUUCGAAUAGAAAUGACGAAAAUGGCUUUGGAUUCUUCGGAAAAUACGAUCGAAUCGGAACCCAACGAGACAACCGUUCCAUUGCAUGGGCCAUCCAUAUCUAGCGGCACAUCCGCAGUUCUGAGGGAUAGUCCGGUUCCAACGAAGUUGCACGAGCCGUGUAUUGAACGACCCAAGUUGGAGAUCGAUGAUUUGGAUUACGAUGCUUCUUCAGGAGACCUAUCCUGAAUAAUAGUAAUGAAUCUAUAGUUUAAGGGCGCUUUUCUAGUUUUGUUUGUACAUAGAUUUGCUUUAUUUAAAAAAAAAUUGUCUUUAAAAGCAGGUUAUAUUU